AACCACUGCCAGAAAGCAUGAUAUGAUUGGAUGCUCGACUGUCAAUCUAGAAAAUUGAGUACUAGUUUAGGUGCGAUCAAAUGGGCUUGGAAGUUCCCCAGGUUCUGAAGUGUGGCUCGUAUUGAUCUGGUCGUUGUUUUUGUUUUUUUUUUUUUGUAAUUUUUAUUUUUAUUUUAAUAUAACGUGUACAUAAAAAACUUAUUUUUGUACUAACAAUACGUCAACAUGGAAUCUCUUUUAAUGCUUAUCGAAGCCGCUGAAUAUUUAGAAAGAAGAGACAGAGAAGCAGAACACGGGUACGCAUCAGUUUUACCGUACAAUAGCGACUUUUCCAGGAAGAAGACGAAAGCAUCAGCAAUCUCGAGGAAAACGCAGAAUAAUAGAUCCUCACACAAUGAGCUAGAAAAACAUAGACGUGCCAAAUUACGACUGUACCUUGAGCAGCUCAAGCAGCUGGUACCCCUUGGUCCAGACAGCACCCGACACACCACUCUCAGCUUACUGAAGAGAGCCAAGAUGCACAUUAAGAAAUUAGAAGAGCAAGACCGGAAGAAUUUGAACAUGAAGGAACAGCUGCAACGGGAACAUCGCUACCUCAAACGCCGACUGGAGCAGUUGUCUGUGCAAGGCCUGGAGAGAAUCCGCACAGAUAGCAUGGGAUCAACCAUUUCCACAGACUCUGAGCAAGAGGUAGACAUUGAAGGGAUGGAGUUCACCCCUGGAGAGAUGGACAGUGUUGGCAGCGUUAGUGAUGGAGAUGACCACUAUAGCCUCCGGAGCAGUUUGAGCGAUGGAAGCUACCCACAUUCCCGCAGACUGCAAGCCAGACUUUCCUAGUGUUUAUCUGACAGACCUCACCAGCAUAGGACGUGAAUACUGAGGGCACUUAACAUAAAUGAGAAGAAGAAAAUUCCAGAGGUGUCAAUUACCACUCUUCCAGGAAACCAACCCUGACCACAAAUACUCUGAAAUUAACUUUCAUUCCCCAUAAUCCUCUCUGCACAAUAACCACAUAGUAAGAUAAGCAGAGCCGUUAUGGUUAAAGUGGGGAGAAUUGUGGUGUGGUGUACAGUUUUGACUUGGUAAUCGGAACCUUUCUUUUUAAAUAUGAGUAUAUAUUUGAAUUAGGUGGAUAUUGUAGAACUUUCCUAUUUUAUAAGGAAAAAUAUAUGAUAUUUCGUUAAUUCGACUGCACCAGACAGAAUUGGAAUUUGAUUCUACGCACCUUUUGUAAAUAUGAGAUACUAAACAGUCAGUGAAAAUUUGAAAUAUAACUGCAAUGCACAAUUCUCGCACACCGUCACUCCAGACACAGAGACAGAAGGGGUCUCGGUCACAACUACAAUGUUGGCUAGGUGGCAGAGCACAUGUCUGCAUGUCGCUCAUACGUCUCCCUCUUCUGUGUUGUCUUCAAAGCUUUUUAAAAGAAAUCAAAUCGUUGAAUCUUUUUGCGCCGACUAAAAAAUGAGGUAACUUCUCCUCACACACUACCAGUCUGAAAAGGCCAGAUAUCCGAGUGUGAACAUUUUUUCUCUACUUGAGUGUUUUUCAGUGUAUAAGUCGGGUGCUCAGGAUCAGUAGCAUGUUAAAUAUCUACAAACUGGCCCUCACAUAAUGAUCUGCACUAGAAAUUUAACUUUGCUGUGGGAGAGGGCAGCCACUACUUAAAAAAAUCUGACUCUGUUUGGUGUGCCACAUACACAACAAUGACAUUAUUUGCACCAAAAAAAUGUAUCUUGUUAAGGGACAUUUGAUCGUUCAAUUGCGGAGAACACUCGUUGCUUUAUUACUAGUCACUCUCACUCAAACAAACAACCUGCUCCUUCACUAAAGUAAGCAGAUAAUGAGUUCCUGUGACAGUUGCGCACCGGAUUGACAGAAUGCAAUAAACUGGCGUACUUGCUAGUCAUCCAGAACUUCAGUUGUUCACAUUUGGUGUGGCAUGGAUGGCCGCUGCAGAAUUAGACAAUUAAUUUUAAGAGCCGCUGACCAACAGGGUGUCCCGCAGCAUGCUACCGAGGGUACAGUUGGUUAUCCGUGUCCAGCUGUAGAAGUCAGCAAUUCCGACUUUAAAAGAAAUUAAACUGUUAAGACAAAAGAAGUCUUAAUGGUUCAAACACGUUAUUCAGAUACACUCUAAUAAUAAAUCAAAAGUGCUGUGCUACCCCAGGAGGCACCUUAAGAGCCCAGGUUUCCAGCUUUAGCCUUCUGCACUGAAGCACAACUUUCACUCACCUUAGAUUUUAGAACACUGAAACAACGAAAGCCUGGCCUGCAAUGUUCUCCAAAGCAAAGGCAGUGUGUGUGUGUGUGUGUGUGAGAGAGAGAGAGAGAGAGAGCCACUGGGAUUGAUUUGAUUUGUCCACCGGGAGGGGCCUCUUCAGUUGGUUUCAUGCAUACAAGUCAAUACUGUACCGAAAACAAUGCCAGCUCUAAUGAUUAGCCUGUUCCGAAGAUUUUUUCGUUCCUGUUUAGUGCGCUUAGUUGAGCUCCACACAGACAGAAGUGAUCUUUCUCAGCCAAGAUUGACUUUAUUUUUUUUUUUCCUUCCUCUCAGAUGUACUGUACCAUAAUGCCAGUCCCAAAGGCAGAAGCAUUGCUUACAAAACAAUAUUUGUGCAUUGUUUAAUUCACCUGCUUUUAGUAGCUUUAUGGAUAUUACUGUUUGGAUUUUAUGGUACAAUUGUCUUGUUUUUACUUUUUGUUCACCUGAUUUGCUGGUGAGGGAGUGUGUGCUCCCCUGCAAUGCAGCAAACUGCACACAGUGUUCGGUGUUCAUGUAGGAGCAUUUGAAUUUUUCAGGACAGCAGCUUUAACUGCUUAUAUUUUCUACUACUGCUGCAUACAACUCAGUGCUGUCAUUAGAGCAUGGCGUAUGAAGAAAAGUUAAAAAGGACCAGUCUGUAUAGAAAGGUCUCCAAUAAAAAAAAAAAAAAAUAACAAAACAGAAAAAAACAAAAAAAGCUACAAAACACUUUAAAACAGGUAAUUUUAGCAAGCGUAGACUAUAUUUCCUGUAUUAAAAUUUUGUAUUAUAUUUUCUUAAGUGUUCUCUAUGAUCAGGCUUGUAUAGAGGAGGAGAGGGUUCGGUGCAGACCCUACCAGAGUCUCAGGGUCUCUUUGCCAUUGUAAUAUUGUGCCUUGGUGACUGUUUAUGCCCUCCUUUGUCAAACACGGGCAGCUACACGUGAUGUUGUCGGCAAAAUGCAUCCACAAGGAAGCAGUUGGAUGGGCUUGUGUGCCAGAAAAGAAACGUUCUGCCAUUGAGUUGAGGAACAAAGCUACACUGCUGCAGGCACACUCGCGUCCUGAAGAUGACACACCACGGCAAAGCACUGAAAGGAUCUUUUUCCAGAUGUGUGCUAAUGCACUGGAAAUCUGUUUAUGCUGAAUUGGAAAAAGAAGCUGUCACAAAUGUAAAUGUUCUCAGAAGAGCCUGGGCAAAACUUUUCAGGCUUGGGUUUGCAGUUCACAGUUUAAUGAAUCGCUGAUAGUGCAGGGGGUGCUCACGGGGACGGGCAGGUCCUUCCCACCGUCUGCCCCUCUGCUUGGUUCAAUUUGGGGGAAGGAUGAGGUGAGGAAUCCCUGUAGGUCACUCCUUGGCAUGAGAUGUGAGUGAAUGGCAUCAGUGUCUCGAUUCCAAGAAGCCUUGCCAGUCGCUCCGGCUGCACCUCUUGUGUGGGUCAGCCCACAGAAUGAAUAGCAGCGCCAUCUUCUAGCAGUUGGGAUUCCCACCUUGCCCCCUUUGUUUUAUUUGCCUUAGAGAUUCAGUUCUUUGUACAUUCAAGUAUGAAACGAGAGGGUCACAUUGGCAGAACUGCUGUUUCUUUUAAUGGCACCAAAACUGUGGUUUCAUAGGAAAAACAGAAACGGGGCUGUCCCGUCAUGACAUGUACUUAGCGGGAUAAAUGGACCUCUUCUUCAAGACGAAAUCUUACAGCCGCUUCCCUGCACCUUGGCGUGGAUGCAUUUGGGCAGCAUUGGCCGAAGGGCUGGGUGCCCUCGCUUCUAACAGUGUGAUACAAACACAACAAUUUCAUGGCAGCUUUAGGGCCUUGUUUGGAUCCUUACGUACCCCGAAAAGAUUUGCCAACAAGUCCUAUGUGUUUUUUUUUUUGUUUAUUAUGUUAUGAGUAACACACUUUGAAUUACUUUUCCUUUCUUUAUGACGGAAGGAUCAAUCAAAUGGGGGUUAUAAAAGGCAGCUGAAAAAAACUUUUUUUUUGUUUUUGUGAAGCAUAUUCCAGUAUUGUAUAAAUGUAUACCACGUAGAAUAACAAAUCCCUCAUUCUGUUUAAAGGAACAGCAAUAUUGUGAAUUUUAAUAUUCUGGUGGAGAGGUGGCAGGAAUGUUUAGCUCUUUCUAGUGACUUUUGGGACUAACUUCUUUUUUUCUUCCUACUGAUGGAAAGAAAAAAAAAACCCACACAAAUGAAUAAUGUGGAGUUUGACUCUAGUCGUCCAGUUCUAAACACGACUGUUAAUACGACUUCAAUUCCAUGUCUUUGUUUAACACACUCUUGGGUGUAAAAUACGGGAUUUGGAAACACCUCUUGCACAGAACCUCCCUUUACUAAUUCUUGGAAAAAGUGAAAUGAAAGGAUGAGAAGUAGCUUAACACGUUAGCAAAUCAUAUCCAAAAUCAAGCCGUGUUAAUGAUGUUGCUUGUUAACCACUAACCCCAGUUUGGAUUUUUAUUUCUAGUAAACUCAGUUCAGUUCUUGGAACACAAUUGCUACUGUAACAUGUGAACUUGAAAAGAUCACAUGUCCAUUUUAUUGCCAUUUUAUAUUAAAAAGGUAAAUAUUUAUAGCAAAAAAAAA